CCCGAUGUCAUCCAGCGCCGCCUGACCGUCUUUCUUUUUUCUUUUUCCUCUCUCUCUCUCUCUCUCUCUCUCUCUUUCUCCGAUGCUGCAGAAAUACCCUCCUGCCCCCCGCUUUGGCUCGUAUUGACUUCCGGCAUCCAUCGACCUGCGGAUUACGACCAGGGGCAUCUCGGAAUUAAACCCCUUGCAUCGCGUGCGUCUGGCCGUCGUACAAUACCAUCCAUCCUCUGCGCUUAAUUUGCCUUUUUUGGCUUUUGUAUCUUUUAUAUAUACAUUCAUACGAUUUCUUCAAAACAAGGAGGAACAGGACAUAUUGGGAAGCUGUUAGUAGAAAGUUGUCGGUUCAAAGAUGGAGCACUCGCCAUAUCCACCCCAGUUGGACCAACUCUCGCCCCCGGAAUCCAUCGCCAGCCAAACCUGUGACGUCGAUACCAGUGCUCAUGUCGCCGACUUGAGAAAUGAUGCACUGCCAUUAUCAGAACGGAUCGCUGGCCUGGCUCAUCUAGUAUCGCAGAAUACCCAGAUAUCAAGUGACGACUCCACGACGCUUCACCAACACCUCGACUCGAUCGAAUCGCUACUUGAUCCUCGCCCUCGAUUAACGCAAGAGGUCGCCAAGUGUCGCCCUUCAAGUCCCCAGUCAGAUGCUACGAAACAGCCUCCGGGGAGUCCCCCGGAAACUCCUGCAACGGAUCCUGUUCGUUCCGCCAAUGAACUUUCGCAAGCCCAGCUCUCGGCCGUGCUUAGCGAGGUAACUGCGCUUGGUGCAGAAUUCUGCCAGCGUCGGAGCGAAUCUUCACAUAUAUAUGAUCAGUUCACCAGUGAAUGCAAACGGCUGGCACGGAGGAUAUCUGAUCUGGAAGAAGAAAUUGAUGAGUUAAACGCAGACAUCAGAGAAGGAUCGGCAGAGCGGGAAGCCCUGGAUGGCACUGUUCGCGGAUUCGAGAGCUGGAUCGAUGGGUGGCAAAGACAGCAUGAUCAGGCCGCUGUCAAGAGAUCCAGCCAGAGGAGGUGGAUGAAACGUAAGACAGACGACCCUAUUGAAAGUAACACAGAAACGCUGCUAGAGGGGAUAACCGCAUGGAUGCGCGGGUGGGAAGAUGCCCAAGAAGGCAUCCGUAACCGAGAACGAGAGCGAAGAUUGAGAAGGGAAGAGAGACGAAACAUCCCACCGGAAGCUGAUAAGGGAAAGUCACCAGUACCGCCAGGACAUCUGUCGAAGUGAUGUAGAGGUUGUCGCAUUUGAAGACUAAGACUGGUCCAGUGGUCAAGACUGUAACGACGCCCAUCGGCCCUUGCAGGAACAGGAUUCCGCCCCAACGACUUGCUGGGGCUCCGGCAUUGCGUUGAAGAUGAAUACGGGCUCUCUGGCAUCCGGCGACCAUGCCGAGUAAAAAAAAGAAAAGAAAGAAAGAAGAUAAUGAUACAUUUCACAAGCAGUUCGAAAAAUC